UAGCCGGGAAAGUCGUUCUAUUGAGGACGAACGUGAGAUCGUAACAUCGAUAAUUCUACGGCCUUUGGUCCCUAAUUAGUACCUACCUAGGUAAGGCAGCAAUAUUAGUAAUCAGAAGAUUUGACAACCAUAACCGUUGACACAUUUCUCGUUUCAAUCAUUUCGCAGGCAGGUUGUCAACUAAUAGAUGGCUGCCUUGGACCAAAUAUUCAGCUUGCUGAAGACUAAGAAUGACACCUCAAAAUUUGUCGGGUUGUCGCUAUUGAAAAGCCUGCUCGAUAGUCAGGACAGCUUGCGCAACGAUCCAGGUGUUCUUACACAAUGCUGGAAAGCCAUUUCGACGCGCUGGCUUCACCGUGUCCUCAUUAUGAAAACUAAUCGUGAGAAGCGCACUGAUAAUGAAGAACGGAGCAUGCGACAGAUAGCGGUUGGAGUAGUUGAAGCAUUCGCCAGCCUUCUGCCACUAGAAGCUAUGGACGAGCCAGAACCUAGGGACCUCAUACUUGGGCUUACUACGACAUUGCGAUACACACCUUCUGCUAUGUGGGCUUCGAUUUUCCAUGCUAUGAAUAGCCUUACCAGGUGGGAAGCUGCAGCAAAGACCAUACUGGGCAUGUUAGGUGGCGGGUGCAACACAUUUCUAAGCGCAUGGCACAAUGACCAGCUUGCUGACAAGGUCGUCCGGAGUGCUUUUAUCACUACGGGAAAGGCGGCUUGGUCCGAAUGGUAUGGAACGAUGAGUCUAUUUGCCAAAUCAAACUCGAGUCAGGCUUUCAUGAGAUCUCAAAUACCUUUCAAGGCUUUGCAAAUCAUCGAUGAGGUGUUAGAUGAUGUGCAUGCAUAUUCUGAUACCGAUUGGUCAAUCGCACCACAGAAAGAGCCGUUUGUGGAGGACACAAUUCAUCUUAUUCGUAAGACGAUAGAAGAACGACCGAACCGUAAGACAUUGAACAGUGCAACACGAAUACUGCAGAAGCUCUUCUAUCUUUCUGCUGAAAUCGAACCUUUCUUUCCUAGAUCUUCGGAAGUCCAAAGGAUCGACCGUCCGUUCUCAUAUACAUAUAUCAUUCUUCUCAUUGUUGAUAUUAAAGCAACUAUACCUGGUUUGAUGGAAAGUUUAGCAUCGGAAUCUUACCCGCAGACCGCCUUACAGCUUGCAGCAAACUACGAUGUACUUGGAAAAUUCAUAUUUUCCCUCCUGCAAACCAUGGAACGAGACAAUGAGACCUCGCAAUCGGUUUUCAUUGACAUAUCACCUGAUUUACUCCUUAAACUACGCAAAGAGAUCGCCGAAACCAUGUCACUCACGAUUGAAUUCUUUCGUGACCGGUGGGAUGCGUCUGUAGCUGGAACUGCGGGAUUGCAUUCUUCAGCCCGAGCAGCACCAACUCAAGGAUCGAUUCUGUCCCAAGGCCACUUGAGUCUCACCUGGGAUAAUCCCAUAUUUCUUCUAACUGAAGAUCCAAUAAUUAUAGCUGGUCUCCGAACACUCGGUAUCUGGCUUCGAGAGGACGAUAACGAUCAGCUUCGAAAAGAAGCUACUGGACUUGUCGAUAUUCUCGUGGCUCUGUAUGAAAUUGAACAAGGCCCAAAGGAAGCUAUACUUGUCGCGUGCGAGGGCAUCGUCGCCACGGACGAUGGAGUGCAACAAUUCCUGGAACUCGAUGGGGCAAACAUAUUGUUCGCAGACCUCAUUGCUGUUCUCAACGGUAUCAAGACGAGGACACAGUCCGACUCCCCAUCAGUGCUAAGCAUGGUCAGGGUGCUCCUGCCUGUAGUGGAGUCGGUCCAAGUCUCACAAUCUAUAGAGAGCUGGCUUUAUCUUUUGAGGGCCCUGAUAAGUUAUGGUGACGACGUUGAAGUACAAAGUCACGAUACAGUCACUAUAUUCUUGGCACUGGGUCAAUUAAUUGGCGCAUUACUGGCGAAAGCACCAAGCCGUUUGGUCACGAGAUACAACAGUGAGGUUUUGAAGCUUAUUGUGGUUGUAAGUCGGCUUCAGCAACAAGCUAAUGGUCUAGAUGCGGAUACUCAGGCCGGCAUAUCAGAAGUCCUGGACGGACUGCGGGAGGCGCUGGACGCUUGAACUCAUACCCAGGCUAUGAAUGUACGCGAGUUAGAUCCUGUGACAGCAGCAGCCUCCUGCAUUGAAUGCUUGCGAAUGGCUUCAGCACGAAGCGGCAAAGUUGGCGUGCCUGCUUUUUCACCUCCAAGUUCCGUUCACGUUUGACCCUGCGACUCCUUGGCCAAGCUUACUGGAG